CCCCACCCCCUUUCCCGGAGGACAGGCGCCUUCACCUUUACCCCAGUGGUUUUAGGCGCCAGAUGAAAUCAAAGCGAUUGAUGAACUUAUGGUCUACAUCAGAGGUUACCAAACUGGGAGCCAUGGCUCACUCACACGGACACCAUGGCACCCUGGGGAGCCACGGCUCACUCACCCGGAUACCACGGCACCCUGGGGCGCCACGUCUCACUCACCUCGAUACCAUGGCACGGUGGGGCACCACGGCUCACUCACCGGGACACCACGGCACCCUGGGGCGCCACGUCUCACUCACCGGGACACCACGGCACCCUGGGGCGCGACGUCUCACUCACCUGGAUACCACGGCACGGUGGGGCACCACGGCUCACUCACCGGGACACCACGGCACCCUGGGUCGCCACGUCUCACUCACCNCGCCAGAUGAAAUCAAAGCGAUUGAUGAACUUAUGGUCUACAUCAGAGGUUACCAAACUGGGAGCCAUGGCUCACUCACACGGACACCAUGGCACCCUGGGGCGCCACGUCUCACUCACCCGGAUACCACGGCACCCUGGGGCGCCACGUCUCACUCACCUGGAUACCACGGCACGGUGGGGCGCCACGGCUCACUCACCGGGACACCACGGCACCCUGGGGCGCCACGUCUCACUCACCUGGAUACCACGGCACGGUGGGGCACCACGGCUCACUCACCGGGACACCACGGCACCCUGGGGCGCCACGUCUCACUCACCGGGACACUGA